AAGUACAAAAUGCUGGCCCACUAGCAACAACAACAAAACAAAAAGGGAAACCAAUUGCGCAUUCGGCGUAUAUAGUAGUGCAAAAAUCUAAUUAAAUCAACUGUGAUAUAAGUUUUUUUUUUCCGUUUGGUUCUCCAGACCAACCAAAGCAACCUAAACUUAAAGUUUAAAGUCACACACGAAACAAAACCCCAGCAAAGAUGUCUGUUCCCAUGAUAUUGACCCCGAUGGAAGCCCAAGGCACGGACGAGCACAUGCAAAAUUGUGCCGCAUAUGUGGAGGCAGCCACCGUGCCACCGGGCACCCUAAUCAAAUAUGGCACAGCCAAUGAGCUGGAGACGGCCACCGGUGCGACGGGUGCCACCUGCAAGCCCACACUGAGGGAGUUCAACGUGAGACUGGAGACUCCCUUGGCGCCGGAAGAGCGCCUGGGACUGACAGGCGAUGUGAAGGCCCUCGGCGAGUGGCAGCUCUCACGCUGCGUACCCCUGGACUCGCUCGACGAACUCAACUGGCAGGCGACGGUGCCGCUGCAGUCGUGCCGCCAGCUGGAAUACCGCUACUUUGUGUACGUGGAGGAUCUGUCCGGCUACAAGCAGAUUCGCCGCUGGGAGACACACUUCAAGCCGCGCUCCCUCGGCCCCUGCUCGGAGAUACAGUGCAGCCAGAUCGAUGUGUUUGGCAUAACCGCAGACAAUGCGGACCUCAAGCCGCAGGUGCAUCGCGGCUGGCUCAAUCACGAGGUGAUUGUUCAGCUCAAGUUCAACGGCGAGAAGAUGUUCCAGGUGCACGACAUCGAGACCUUUGACCCCCAGCAUGUGCAGCUAAAGAUUGUGCCCGUUGAGAUGACCGCCGGCCUGCAGGUGGAGUACACCAAGCAGGAGUACGGCAAGAGUCAGCUGGAGAAUCAGCCCACAUUCGGAGUGCCCUACACCAGGGGCGACAUUGUCAUCUUCCACAUCACCGUGCCGCUGGAGAAGAUGAUGCAGCAGCACUUCCGCCUGGACUGCUACACCAUGUCCAAUGAGCUACUCGGCAGUGCCAAUCUCGUCAGCUCAGAGCUGCAGGGCAGCGAGGGAUUGCUCCAUCUACGCAUCAAGUCGGCCAGCGAUGCCGAAGAGACUCUGGCCCGUCUCCGUUUGCCAUAUGUCAUUGUCCAGCCGUACCGCUACUCGCCGCUGGACUUCAAGACCACCUAUGCCCACUACUGGCCCAAGAGCUGGCCCAAUCUGGAUGUGGGACAUCGCGGCAACGGCAAGAGCUACAUUGCCGAUGCCCCAGCAGAGAGGGAGAACACAAUUGCCUCGUUUCUGAGUGCCCACGAGCAUCAUGCGGAUAUGAUCGAGCUGGAUGUACACCUCACGGCCGAUGGAGUGCCUGUGAUCUAUCACGACUUUGGCCUGCGCACUGCGCCGCCUGGCAAACAGAUCACCAAGCCGGACCAACUGGAGUACGUUCUGAUCAAGGACAUCAACUAUGAGCUGCUGAAGCGGCUGCGCAUCUUCUCUGUGAUCAAUGGGCGGGUGGUGGAGUAUCCCUCGCAUAAUGCCGAGUCCCGGCCCGCACAUCGCAUCUUUCCACGACUGGUGGAGGUGCUCGACGAGCUGCCCAAGUCCCUGGGCAUCGAUAUUGAGAUCAAGUGGCCGCAGCGUCGCCAAGGUGGCGGCUCCGAGGCCGAGCAGACCAUCGACAAAAACUUCUUUGCCGAUCGUGUGCUCCACCAGGUGAUCCAGCAUGGCUGCGGCCGUCCCAUAAUCUUCUCCAGCUUCGAUGCCGACAUGUGCACCAUGCUGCGCUUCAAGCAGAACAUUUUCCCCGUGAUGUACCUCACCCAGGGCCAGACGAAGAAGUGGCAGCCGUUCCUGGAUCUGCGAACAAGGACCUUCGAGGCGGCCGUGAACAAUGCCCAGGCCUUUGAGUUGGCGGGCACUGCACCGCAUGCCGAGGAUUUCCUCGGCGAGAAUGCCGCCCAGAUGCUGCAGCAGGCCAAGGACUUGGGCCAGAUUGCCGUCCUCUGGGGCGACGAUUGCAAUUCGCGGGAGCGUGUCAAGUAUUUCACACAGAUUGGGGCCACGGCCACAUGCUACGAUCGCAGCGAUCUCUACAUGCCCGAUGGCAAGCAGGAAGCGUUCUUCAAGUCACCGGCCCUGAUGGCCGAAUUCGCGGCCCAGUGCCGGAUCUAAACGGGCUGGAAGGGCGGGACGGGUUGGGUCGGGUGAAUCUUAGCAUAAGUUAAUCAUUAAUCUUGUAAAGAAAUUUUUGUAUAUUUAUUUAGAAACGUAACGUAAGCCGGAGAAAUGUGAGAAAAUGGGGGAAGAAGCGCAGCUUCAUAAAUUGGUUUAUUAAAUUAUAGGAAACCAAAAUGUGUAAAGGCCGUCAUUUGGUCAUAAUUACAUUCGUGUAGAAAUCUACCCCAGAGCAUGGGAGGAAUUCCCCUCAAAAAUUAAGUAGCAACAUAAAAGACAAUGUGAGAGAAGAAAGCGAUGCGAAAAAGUGAAAAGAAAAUAAAGAGAGAAAUGAGGAUAGCAAACACACAUACAAUAUAUUUACACCUAAUAUCUGCUAUAAAUCGUUAAAUACCUCAAUGUGCAAAUGUGCAAAAAA